AAAUCUAUCCUAUCAAUUAUUUAACACUAUUUAAAACUUCUUUGUCUUGAGGUUAUGUUUUGACUAUUUGUAUGCUCUAGUGCUCUUUUAUAUCUCUUUUGACAAAUUUAAUAAUUUAAAAUUUUAUAUUAUAAAAUAUAUGUUAAAAUGUCUACUGAUGAAAAAAAUAUUAAAAAAUCGAAUAAACCGAAAAUUAUAAGUAUUGUAAAAGUGGAUAAACCUAUUAAAUUAAUGAAAUUAAAUGAAAAAUCUGGUAAUAAUGAAAAUAAAAAUACGAACGUUGAUUAUAAUCACGUUCCCUUGAACGAUGCUAGUAACAUUCAAAAUAUUAAAGAAAAUUUUAAGGAAGUUGAUAUGCCCAAAACUUCUAUUAAAUCUUUAAGUGAUAAUAUAAUAAUUUCAACUACUUCUAUUGAACAAAAUGAAAAUAAAAACAAAACACUUAAAUCAGAGAAAUAUGAGAAAACUAAAGAAGCUAAUAUUUCAAAAAAAAAUUGCAUGAAAAGUACAAAAGAAAAAGAAAAUAAAACGACAAUUGAUAAAAAAAGAGUUAAGAGUGUAACUAUAAAAUCUCCAAAUUUAGAUAUUUUGAAACAUAAAAAUAAACUUUAUUCUUCUGGUACUAAUACAAAGAAGCUAAAUGCUACGAAUAAAAAAUCUGUUUCAGUUACAACUAAAAAAAAUUCAAAACCUAUUGUUGGUGUUAUGCCAUGUUAUAAAUAUAAAAAAGUUGAAUCUAAUAUUAAAACUCCUGUUAAAAAAACUGUAAUAAGAGAUAUAAUUGGUUCCAAAAUAAAACCUUCUAUUAAUCCAGGAAUAGAUAAGAUACCAGAUAAUUUAAAAUUUUUAGAAAUUGAUGAAAACAUUGUAAAACCACUUAUUUCUGGAAAAGAAUUAGCAAAACCAGAAUAUAAUUCAAUUAUGUCUACAAUUAGUAAAUUAAAUGAAUUAAAAAAACAAAAAGUUAUACCUGAUAUUGAACAUUUACCAGCUUCAUAUAAAAAUCUUAUAAGUGGAAAGGUUUCUACUGCUUUAGAUUUUCCCCUUGAUGAAGUAAUUUAUAAAAAUUUAGUGGAUUUAUCUAUAGAUGAAAAUCAAUUGCCAAGUAGAUUAACUCGUAGUAAAGAUCCAGAACCAAGGCAAAAAGAUAUUGUGCCAAUACUUUCUGAUUUUUUUACACCUACAUCUAUUGAUGAAUAUUGUACUCCUGUUUCUGUAAAACCACGAUCUUCAGAAACUAUUGAUUAUUGGAAUGCUUUUAGAAUAAGUGAUCAAAUAUAUGAAUGGAAACAUACUUUAAAUCAUAUAUAAUUAGAUUAAUUUUUUUGUUUUAUGUAUAACUUAUUUAUUAAUUACUACUUGGAAAACACUCAUUUUAAUAGAUAUAUUUUUUUGUAAAAUGUAAAGUAUUUUUCAUAAUUCAUAUCAAUGAAUAAGAUAAUAAUAGACAUUUUGUAGAAUAUAUAUGUUAAAAUUUAAAUGUGAUAUACACAAAUGAAUAUAUACAAUAAAUUAUUUAAUAUACCUACAUAUAUAUGUUUCAUAUGUCUUUUUAUAUGAUUAUAACAUUUCAUUUUACAAUUUUCAUGAAGCACCAAAAAUAUCAUUAUUAUACGAUGUAUAAUAAUAUUAUAUAUGAUAUAUAAAAUGAAAAAAUAAUAAAAAAUUCAUGAUAUACUUAGAUUGUAGAUUCUCUGAUAAGAAUUACUGUCCUCUAAUUAUAUUGAUAAAAACUAAUAUGAAUUUACACUUUCAUACGUGACAGUAACAUUUACAAUAUUUUUUUUCAUGAUUUUCUUAUUUAUUCAAUGAUUCAUAAAUUUAAUGAUUGAAACAGAUGAAUAUAAUAAAUGCAAUUUAUCUACCAAAAGGAUUUAAGUUUUUGUUAUAAUCAU